AUGCCAUCCACUCAUCAACUUGCCGAGCAGGCUCGAGGUGAAUAUGAGACGCAACAGUGGCGGAAGAUAAUCGGAGAAUCUGAUGCUCCACCUCCAAAUGUCAGAUCCUUCUACAACUUUGACUUUUUGGCGAAAAGUCCAAAGAAGGAGAUCAUCGAAGAAGAUGCAUCUUAUGGAACCAUGCCGGUCAAAUUGGACGAUAUCAAACAGGAAAUGGAGGAGCGAAAAGUCGAAAAGAUGAAUCAACCAGUUCAGACGCUGUUAAUCAAUACAGAAGAAAUCAAAACGGAAGUUGUCGAAGAAGAUGAUGAAACCUUUUCCGAUUUUAUUGGUCCAACAUUCUUCGAUUUGGUUUAUAACGACAUCAAGCAAAAUCCAUUGAUGAACAUCGACUACAUCAUCGCCAGAAACCAUUCCGCUGCCGCAGGAGCACUCUAUCUCUCCAGAGCUCGAGCUAUUGCAAAUUGGGAUAAUUGUCUCCAUGUGAAGAAGAAUGCCAGAGAACUUAAAGGACUCAAGGCCUGCAAGACUGCCGGAGUGCUCAGUUCUGCUCUUCCAGUUACUGGUAAACGGGAGAGAGUGAAGACGACCAGGCAGAUUGAAGCAGAAGAAUGGGAAGCUAGACGUCAGGCUGAGAAAAAGGCUAUGCUCCAGAUCAAGGCGCAAAAGGCAAAAGCUGCUCAACUGGCAAGACUUCAAAAGGAAAAGAACAAAGAGGAGAAGAAAAUGAAGCAGGAAGCAAAGAGGGCCGGUCCAAUGAAAAGAGUUAGAACUGGAAAUGGACAGGAUGAAAAUCCAGUGAAGAAAGCCAAAAUUGAAGAUGAAUCGAAUAAGGUUCUGUCGAAUUUUCUGACUGAAGUGAAGCAGUUAGUCGUGCUAGCCGUCGUCGAGAAGAAGCCACGCCAUGUUUCAAUCAAAAAGAAGACUUUAGUCGAUGUUGUUCCGGAGAAGAAGAUGUCAAAAUCAGUGGAUCCAGUCACUAAUGCUCCACCAGAAGUUACCUUUGUUCCAUCCUCCUCUUCCGUUCCAGUCGCCGCCAAUCAACCUGCCGCUCUCGUCUCUGCCCAACCAUCCACACCCGCCACCAAACGAAAACAACCAAAAUCAAAGAAGACCACCCAGAAGUUGAUAUGCACAGUAUGCUCCAAAACAGCUGGAGCCGGAACUUGCCAAUGUUUUGGAUGUGCUGGAUGGGUCCACUUCAGAUGCAGCAACGGAGGAUACAAGAACUACACCACUAGCUUCAAAUGUGCUCCAUGCCUUGCUGCUACUGUUCCUGCUCCAUCAUCUGAUUAA